CAUACAAAGUAAAGUGUAAACCACGCCCAGUGAAUGCCAACUGUGUCUCAUCGCUUCGUUAAUAACUUCAGUGUAAUUCUAAACAAUACAAAAGGUUGUACCAUUUACAGUUCUUUGUGAUUUUGUUUAAUCCUGUGGAAGAAAUCUUCAUGAGAAUGAAGGGACAUCGUGGACAUUUAGGACGCCAUGGACAUCAUGGACAUCAUGGACACCAUGGUCCGCACCAUGGACCACACCAUAGACCACACCAUGGAUCACAUCAGUUACCUUAUGAUGGGCAUCAUGGACCCCACCAUAAAAACCAUGUUAAGCUCAAUCCACAUCACUUCAAGCCGAAACAUGAAAUGCUAAAGCGCCUGCACAAGCGUGAUCAUCAACAUCAUGCAUGGAAAAUACAUUGUGGUCGCUCGGCUUCUCCGAUAGCGCAUCAGGUGAAUGUACGUAAUCCAGGAAUGAUGAAGCACUUUGCGCAUCACUGCAAAAGUGUCUUUUGUCAUUUCCGCAAACGCUCGUGUGAGAAUGAGAUUGCGCAUUCGCGACCGGUUAAUCAUCAUCAUCAUAGACAUAAACAUGGAUGUCGCCGGGCGGGAGACAUAGGUAUGGCCCGAGCCAUCAUUGUUGUUAAUGAAGGUCUUGAGCAUCCUCACAAUCGCCGCUGUUCAAGCCUUCCCCCCACUGUUCCUCUGAAUAACACUGAUCGUGAUUGUCAGCAACUCUAGACUUAGGGACACUACGAUACGGAACAAGUGGUCAUCGAGAAAUUACGAAGAAUUUAGUGUAGAGUAUUUUGCAGAAAUCAACUUAGGACCACAUUGACUAACCAAUUAGCGUGGAAAGGAUUAUAUCAUUUAUCCAAUAUCACAUCUCAUAAAAAAAUAAAUGAAAAAGUAUAAGUCGCACUUAAAUGAACAGUUUUUUGUAUUUAUAUCCUGGGUUUAAACAAGAGUGUUCGCAUGAUAUAAUUAUAAGUGAUUAAAUAUGCCAUAGCGACUAAAAAUAACAAAAAAAA